AUGUCGGUGUCGCAGCCCACGCCCGCCUCGCCUGAGGGCGAGGGAGUUGCCGCCAUUCCCAGCCCUUUCUUCGCCGCCUCGGCGAUGCCGGCGACGACCGUGCUUCGCCUUUCUUCCUCGGGGGAUCAGCUGAGAGAGGCCGCGGAGGCGGUGGAGGUGACGCUACAGAACGACUCUUUCCUAUCCGUCAUGGAGACGGAAAAGGAGGCGGCGGAUUCUACCGCCCACCGGGCUGCGGCUUCGUCCGCGAGCGGGUUCCUCCUCCCUGCGCAGGUGGUUUCCUUCGUGGAUGUGUCAAAGAGGCAGAAACCCAUGCCUUCGUUUUCGAUGCAGUCUUCCUCUGCGCGGAUGGCAAGGUUUCGGGUCAAGGGCCCGUUGUGUGGGCCGCGUGCCUUGCCGGCGCACGUGCAGGGCGUGUGCCGAGAUCCGAGUACGCUGUCCAUCCUGGACUUGGCGGCGAUGGAUCUCGAACAGCUAAAGAAGUCCUUCAUCGCCCAUGCGCAGGUGUUUGGUCGGGGUGACUUGCUUGACCUCUACAAGGUGGCGGGGGACGUGGCGCGGGAGGCGCACUACGCCGAGCGUGCACCGGAGCGAUUGCAGCGCCGGGGGCAGAUCCACACCCCGCGCAAGCACAACAAACGACUAAACGACAUGGCCCUGGGGUCCACAAGUGCACUGAGUUGUCCAGAGGAAGUAGGGGCGGCCGACAGCGCGGCCUCCAUAGCAGAGGACUCCAUCGCAAACCUUCCCAUGAAUGAGUCCUCCAUCCUUGCCAGGGGGCUUUCCUCGCAAAAGACGCGGCUCCUGUCGGUUUGGCUGUACGACCGCCUGGUGGAGCAGCAGCUCUGCGACUUCAGGAAUCCGGCGUCGAAGAGCCCGCACGAGAGUCCGCAGGGGACGGCGAUGUUGUCCCCGCGCUCCUUCCUUGGGCUUGGGACGAAGGCGAUGAUGGUGAAGCUCCGCGGCCCACCAACGCCCCAGCAGCUGGCGGCAUUUGACAUCUUCGAUGAGCUCUCCCGACGACAGCGGGAGCGUGCGUCGGGCGCCGCGCUGGACGCCGCACACACGUCGGUUGAAAACAUCCCCAUGCCGCUUCCGGCGUUUGUGUACGUCUUUAGUCGGGCGGUUUUUCGCAUGUGCUACCUGGGGCGCUUCCCGAAAGGUACAUUUUCGUCCUUCUCCCCUUCCUCCUCGACACCCGCUGCCCCCAGCGCCUCCACGGGUGCCGCAGAUGUGGUGAGAAAAGAGUCCCCCGCGGUCGCCUUCGCCGCCAUCUGCAAUCAUGACUCUCUUCUGCAAGAGGCCGCUAAUCUUCUUGAGGAAUGCCGGCAUGUUGUGAUGCGUUUCUUUGAAUUGUUUGACGCGGACAGGCGGGGCGAAUUUGCCUGGUCGACCUUCACCGACAUGCUGAUGGAGCGGGUUGAGGUGCAGCAUCGACUCAUGAUGGUCAAGGAGAGCUCGGAGUUGAAUGUGCAGAGCGAUGCGAGGGUGUUUGACGAGUACGUCUUGGAGCCCUUCCCGUCCGUGUUGCAGCGACUCGGCUACGUGGGGGCGGUGCUCGAGGUACGUUACAGUCGUUCGGCAAUUGUUGUGGAGGGCCCGUACGACUUUGCCGUCUGCGACAGUGCCUACAACAGCCUCAUUCAACGCAAACUGCUUGUCCGCUCGGCGGAUGCCCUCUUUGCGCACCGCAAGGGGGCCCCGGAGGAGUGGAGCGCGGAGCGGUGGGAGCUGGCCGCGGAGUCCGCGGCGAAUGCGCACCCAGAGCAAAAGUGCCAGCGCAAGAUUGUACGCUACGAGGAUGGCCGCAGCCCCAACGACGAGGCCGCCGCAAAGCUGCGGAGGAACGCCCCGGACGCCGACGAGAAGGAGGGCGCCGCGGAGGGCAAUAGCCCGGCUGCGGGGAGCACCGAGGAUCGCAUUGAUCGGCGCGUCAAGCCGUCGAUGCAGGCGGCCCUGCAGGUGCAGGACGUCUCCCCCGAGUUGCCGACGACCUUUGUGACCCUCCACAGCGACCUCCUGCUGCGGUUUUUUAACAUUGAGCAGCACAUCUGGGUGAUACCCGAGACGAUUACGGUCUCCUGCACGGAGACGGUCACGUCGAUGGAGUGGCACCCCGCCUCUCCCGAGGGGGAGAUGACGCUGCGGUGGUACAUCUUUCUCGGCACCCGCUCGGGAUUCGUCUUGAAGGUGCACCUGCGGGAAAUCAUGCAGAAGAUGCUCCACGUCGUCCGCGUCCGCGGCGACGUCAUGACCACAGGCAUGGCGGCGAUGGAGACCGUCCGUGAGAAGCUGGGGCCGUACAUUUUGCAGCGGCAGAAGGUUCAUAACGAAUUUGUGACCGCGCUCUCGCUGACGCCCGCCGGUGUGCUACUCUCCGCUAGCCUCGACGGCACGGUGGUGCUCAGUCGUGCGAGCAACCUGGCGCAACUGCGAUCCUUCCGUGUCGGGAACGACGCCGGGGUGCGGUUUGCCUGCAUCACGCCGCUGCGAAACAUCAUUGUGACCCUGAGUGCCGCGAAUGGUCUCGCGUUGUGGGGGAACACGCACCAGAGCUCCCACGUCGAGCUCUACGACCCGAUCUCGCCGCACUACUUUCCCAUCAUCUCCGUCACGGUGGAUGAGAGCCUGGAGCAGCUCAUCUCGGUCGAUUCCAGCGGCUACGCGAAGGUGUGGAGUCUGCGAACGAGCCUCAUCAAGAUGUCCUUCUACGCGGUCUCGCAGGAGGCCUUCUCCGCCUUUGGUCACAUGUACUCCACAGAGAACAGGCUGGAGCACAACGGCCACCGCCUCUUCGACGUGGAUGAGACGGACAAGAGGCGAUCGCGUCUGACUUACGCCGGCGGACAACAUGGAGCUGCAACAGGCCUGCAAACGGCCCUUGCCGCCGUGGAGGCAGCGACGAAGGCGAAGAUUUUUUCGCCCGCGCGCUACGUCGCCUACGAUGGGCUCUCACGGAGACUGUUUGUUUCUGGCGCCAAAAACAACGUGGUGUGCGUCUUUGUAAGCGGACUGACGUCGAGCAAGGCUCACUCCAGCCCAAUUUGCCACCUUUCCGUGUGCGAGCGGCACCGUGGGGUCUUAAGCGCGAGUAAUGCCGACUGCCGACUGUGGAACUACAACACGGGCACCUUGUCGCUGGGUCUGAAGGCAAACAGCCCUGAAUUCAUCAUGGUGCGCAUGGCGCCCGUAUAUAGUACCCGCGCGACCUUCACGACGAGUGCCCAACUUGUGGCCUUUAGCGGGGAACCCGACCUGCACACUCUGGACGCCUGCAAGCAGCCGUCGCCCACGUUGGGGGACGUUAUAAGCGCCGUCUACGCCCGGGCAGGCGCGCAGCGCCGCGAGCGGAGCGCGAAGCGGAUACCGAAUCGGAUGACCUCCGCGGACAAGAUGCGCCGAGACGCGGUACGGUCGAAGCUGAACAGGAAUGCCGCUGGCGGCGUGGUGGCAUCGAGUAGCAUGGGCGCUGGCGCGGCGGUGGCGCCGGCGGCCGCGGCGGCGCUGUCGUCGUCUGCAGCUGCCAUGGGUGUCGGCGGCGUUGGCGAUGCAGGGAGUGGGAUGGAUUUCGGCAGCGCGUUCGCUGCGGAGGACAAUUUUCUGAAGAAUCAAGGCACAACGUACCGCAUCCUCUGUGCUCACGCUGACCCACAGGAGCGGUACAUCUUCUACGCCCUCAACAACGGUGACAUUCGCGUGCAUCAAAGCGACUCUGGGCGACUGUCAAAGACGCUUGUGACGAUGCCGCCCUCCACUGACCUUAUUCUCACGGCGGUGGUGCAGUGCCGGCAUCUGUUUACUGCCGCUAAGCGGUAUACAGAGCAGGCCUACAGCCGCUUUACUGACGACGCAGAGACCUCGCAUGGGUUGACAAGCACGCAGAUGCGUGUGCAUGAAAUCGCCUUUAUUCUUCACCGUCUCUUGUACCAUGAAAAGACGCUUGCGCUGCAGCAGGAGGAGGAGUUCUCUAUUCACAAGGAGGCGGUGGGGAUGAUGACGAUGCGAGACGCACAUGAGUUGGGGGUGGUGUACGCCGACGGGGUGAUUCGCUUCUUCCCACUGGUUGGCAGCAGCGUGCAGGCGCACCGCAUUAUCAUUCCCGAGUUUCUGGUCUCCCGGGCAACGUCGUACAUGCGGUUGGAGCGAAGUCUGCAGAAGAAACUGGCGACCGUUUCGCACGAAUUUGUGCAUGCGAAAGAUGUGACGGAGGCCGCGGAGCCGCAGUUGAAUUUUAUUGUGGAGGCGGACGCCGUGAGCUUCGUGACCGUGAGCAACACACUUGGGUACGUCUGCCUUGUCCAGGUCAACGGCCGCAUCUCCAUCAUGGACAUGCGAACCCAGACGGGGUCGGUGGUGCAGGUGUUUACCGUCUCGGGUGAGGUCUCGGCGGUGGCCUUCCUUGGCGCCUACCCGUGCCUGGUGGUGGCGGACACGCAGGGCACCAUCAGUUUUUUCCUCGUCAGUGGUGCCGCCAUGCUGAACCUGCUUGAGGACUUUUACAAGUCCCUGCUUUUGCAUCGACGGCACCAGCGGCCGCAGCAUCCACUGCCUGUGGGACAGGAGAAGCAAAGCGAUGACAGCUACAAAAGCAGCAGCGGGUACUCGCUGCGCAUGUGGUGGUUUCACGUCCCCGGCACGCCCACGGCGCUCCACUUUGACCCGGUGCACGGCGCCCUGUACAUUGGCACGCGGCAGGGGUACUUCUCCUCCUACCUCGUGCGCAACCUCAUUGUGGCGUUCGACCUCCACCCCAUUCUUCCCCCCAACCGAGGCGGGAAGUCGCAUGAGCCGCACACGCCCCCUGCACGGCAGCACUACGACUCUAAUGAGCAGCGGUUGUUCAACGUGCUGCUGGUGUUCUUUGGUAUCACCCCGGAGCGCGUGAUGCUGUACCUUGACGGCGAACGCGCCGCACUGUCGGCCUACUGGCGCGCCACCAGACCCGGCACGGGCAAUUCCGCCCCCUCCGUGUCGUGGCGAGGGGCGGCUGAUUCGACGCCGCCGCUGCAAGUGCACCGCACCCCCUCGCCCGGGGGCAACUCGAUGGACAACACCGGCAGUGGCACAAGCCCAGCAGUGACAAGGAUGUGGAGAAGUUCACUUUCGUGGAUCUUUGAGGCCUGUAAAGCGCUGUUUUUCCCUCCAGCCCCCUCCACGCCGUCGCGGGAUGCCUCCGAUGCGGAAAAUCUCCCUUUUGACAUCCGAACCGUGACGCUGUCAGAUUUGCUGAUUGGGACGGCCAUCCUCCGCCAUGCGCUGCUGCUGAUGUCAAUGCUGCCGAGCUACUCCGCCACGAUGAAGCCGGCGACGGGGAAGGUGUCCGCCGCCGCCGCCGCCGAUCACCCCGCGGCGGUUUCACUCACCGUAAGUGAUAUACGCCACAUUCGUCAAUGCAUCGUGGAGGAGAUUCUCUACCGGAAAGGGAUGCAGGGCGGCGAACAGGAGCGGUACGAGGCCGCGACGGCGGGUGACGUGCAGGGGGACCUCCAUCACGCGGUGGAGGAGGAAUUUGACCCCGAGACGGUGCGUGAGAACUCGUACGUCCUUCCCACCGCCAUCGCCGCAAACUGGGUCGAGCUGCUCUUUCGCCGGCAUGUGGUGAAUGCCGCGAACGAGUCCCCACUAUCCCUGUUGUCGCCAAGCGGCAUCUUGGAGCGUGCCCGGUGCGAGCGCUAUGAGCGGUGCAAGCUGCUCCAGCUUCAGUGUGAACUGGAGCAGGACGCACAAAAGGAAUUUAUUGGGUGCUCAUGGGCGUUAAACCCAACAGCUGGACGCAGCACCGCAAUUACUGUGGACUGGGACGCGUUUCUGGAGGGCAAUUUGACGCAUCUCAUCGAGGAGGUCUUUCGCCGCCGCCGCGGCAUGACGAACGUGACUGAGGAGGAGAUGUUAAACACCGUCGACGACGGGGGUGGCGUGCGCUGCAUCACGACACGGCGGAAUGGCAUGGUGUUUGUCGGUAGUGCCAACGGCUCCGUCGCCGUCUGGACCCCGUACGGCGCGGCGCGGCUGCAGGAGCUGUGCCCAAGCAUGCUGCUGGGGGAGAGCCUUCGUCACCUGGGGAGCACGUUAAAGGCGCGGCUGGCGCAGGAGGUGGCUCGUGCCACGCGGCGCCGUCAACGCGAGGCCUACGCGGCAUCUUUGCGCGACGCCAAGGGACACGACACCAUGCUGCGGAACCUGAAUGUGAAGUACAAGGCUGCCAUGAUGAAGCAGAAGAAGGCGCGGGCGCGGGUUAUGGAGCAAAGCACGACUGGAUUGAGCGCGCUGCUUAUGGAUGCCACCACAUCUCUGCACAGCACCGCGCCAUCGCCCCAAUUCAAAAGCGGCUACUCAUCCCGUGCCUCCUUGAUCUCCCUGGCGUCGACCUAUGAUAAGGCAAACGUCCUGCUCGAGAAGGAAAAGGAGGUUCUCUUGGCCUUACUGAAUAGCACCCCGGCGGAAGCUGCGGAGAGGGGACUUCUUAUUGAGGACCUCUACUUUUUGCCGAUGCACACAGCCAUGUUAUCUGAGCUUGAGGAGUUUGAUUUGGAUGCGUAUGGCCUUGCCGUGGAUCUGGCACUGGCGCGUCUGCAACGCGACGUCUGCGGUGACGCUGCCACGGAGGAGGCAGAGGGGGAAACUCUGGUCGACAGCAGAUGUGGCAGUGUCAUGGAGGUACGCUUCAACAGGCCCGGCGAUGAAGGCAACGUCGCCUCGACGCACGCCAGCAGUUUUCGCUGGGGUAGUAGUUGGGCGGCCGGGGGAGAAGCUGGCGACGAGGCAAGGCACGAGGAGUUCAACACGUUUUUACUCACCGCACACGAGAAACUGGAGGCCGCCUUCUGCGCAGAGGAGCUGUCGCACAUGCGGUGGAAGCAGGCCCCGCCUCAACCGGCCCCCUCUCGACGCGUCUCUAAGCGUCAACGGAAGCAGCUUGGGUCAUCCAUCAAUUGCCGGGAGUGGCGACGCUCGGUGUUUGGCCAGUACACCGCGGAGUUUUCGCAGGCGAGCACCAUUUCUUGGACGUUGCCGCACGAGCGAAACCUUCCCGCCUACGCGCGGCCCGGACGAUGGCUGGGGCCCGGCGUCAUUACGGUUGCCGUCUCCACCCGACACCUGCGGCAUCUGAUGGGUUGUUUUGGGUUGGAGCUGGAGCGCAUGGCGGCCGCGGCCAGUUGGCACGGCGUGGAUGAGGCCAUCCAGGCCAUGAUUACACAAAGCAGGGGAUUGCUAUCGAACGAGUCACUUGCCGGGCUUUCACGAUCUCUCACGCGCCUGGUAUCGCGGCAUGUGCGAGGGGGCUUUGGCCCCCAAGCCUCAUUUUAUGCAAAGCGAGAGAAGAAGUAUGAGGCGCAGCCGUCGAAGCCCGCCGCACUGCUUAUGGAGCCCCUCCUGCUCAUAGCGUCGAACCACAAGGGUGAUACCGAGAGCAGCAUCAAUGAGUGCUUUCAGCAGCCCUCGGGUGAGUCACGCACCCCCCCGGUGCAUGCGUUCACCUCGGACGGAAUGGACACGACCGGGAGGCUGGAGGAGCUGGGGACCGGGUCAAAGGAGCGGUUCACCUUUUUUCUCACCGAGGCCCGCGAGGGAUCGCCCUCCGCGGCAUCGGCGGCGGCGGCCUCAAGCACGCCGUUUGCGGGUGCUGGAACCCGUCAGCCCUCUCGACAGCAGCAGAGGAGGGGGUCAAAUUCUUCCCUCUCCUUGGGCACCGACGACGACAACUUCGACGCCGCGCCCAGGGUGUUGAUGCAGUGGUCCCUGCACAAGAAGGAUCACUCGCACCGAGCCAGACUUUCCCGGACGGGUCGCGUGACGGCAGACAUCGCAAGGCCCCCAUCACUGCCCAGCUCCUACAAAUCGUCUUCUGCCGCUCCCCGUGAGAGCGGCGAGCACUGCGCCAACGCGUCCAGAAACACCGUAGCUUUGGAAGCUCCGUUGGGUACGCGACCCCACUCGCUGGAGACGUCGGUUUCCGCCACCGCCAUGCAGGAGGGCGGCAAGCAACCAAAGGGCCCUUCAGCCCCACAGACUGGCUAUAGGCGUUUAUCCAACAGCGUAUCGCUGCCGUCGCUAAAUCCGAACGAGAUGCGGGCCCCGCCAAAGCGGCUGCAGAGGGAGGCGGCGCCGUUGUCGAAGACCCAACCGCAGCUGUCUGCGGUCACCCACCGUCCACGGCGUCGCGGAUAA